UUGAAUGCACAAUGUGGAGUGUAGUGGUGCUGUCUACCUCUCAAGGUUGUUUGGUACGGAGUGCAUAUGUCUAAGAAAAAAAAAACUCGAACGGUAGCCUGAAUAUAGAUUGCCACUAAAGAUUCUUAAACUUAUAGAGUGCUUUGAGACUGCUAGUUUGAUAUGCAAGUGUGGGAGAUUGAUGUUCCCAGCAGAUGAUGGUAGACCUGAUCUUUACAGUGAUUUUUUCUUAAUUUUAGUUCAUGCACAAAGAAUGAAGUCUAGAUUAAACUAGUGAAUGUACUAACGUUAAUAAUUGAGAGAUCAUAUUCAUCAUAAUUACAUUGUUUUUUUCCCUACCUGUAAGGGGCGAAUACAAUAUGUUGUCAAAGAGUGUAGCUGGAGGGGGGGAUAGACAGUAGAAGAGAAGGUUACUUGCAUAUAAUAAUGCACAAUAUAUCACAAAUGAGGCACUGUUACAGGUGUUAUACGUCGAUAUGUCACAGCUGACUAAAAGUUACCAUUUUAAUGUCACAAGAUAAGUUAUGUAUUUGAGCUCCAUAUUUUUGCAUGGGCUGAUAUAAAGUCUAGACAAUUUAGUUAACUAUAUGUACACAAAUUGAAUUAUAACACAUUUAAAUUACAUAAAAUGACAACAUGUGAUUCUGAGAUGCGCAAUGUUUUAGUCUUAAUACACGAAAGACAGUUUGCAGUGUAGUUUGGGAUUCAGGGUGCAGAGAAAAUUAACCGUAGAAAACCUAAAGCCUGAUCGCCCAACAUCAGUGUUUCUCAGUCUUAAGCUUCCCGUGUUUGACUCAUUGUACACUAAUACAAGUAGUGUGUAAAUUUCUGUUUAAUUUGCUUGUGUAGGAGUAGAGAUUUCCUGAAAAUAUGGAGAUUGAGAAACACUGUUAAUGUUUUAUAGUUUCCCCCUUUUAUAUUAAAAUCCAAACAGUAAUUGGCCUAAUACAGGUUCAAUAUAUCUACAUUUAAAACUGUAAAUGUCCCAUUCAAACAUUUAGGAACAUGUCCUAACAAACGUAGGUUUUCUUAGAUGUUCCAGGUCUAUAAGGUAAGGCGGUGUGUAUGUGAUGUGAAAAAUAUUUGGGUUUGAUUGCUUUAAACUUCUAUUAAAUGCAAUUAAUGUUUCUAUUAUUUUCUAAAAUGCAAAAUAUGUGUAUUCGUAUAAAAGCCCUUCAGCUCACGGUUCUAUCUUUCUCUCUCUGUUUUUUUCUUGUCUCCUCCUGCAGUUUGCACCUCACCACCUUCUGCUUGCAGUACAGGCCCACAGUCGUCGCGUGUGUCUGCAUCCACCUGGCCUGUAAGUGGUCCAACUGGGAGAUCCCUGUGUCUACAGAUGGCAAGCAUUGGUGGGAGUACGUGGACCGCACCGUAACGUUACAGCUGCUGGAUGAGCUCACACAUGAGUUCCUUCAGAUCCUGGAGAAGACGCCCAGCAGGCUGAAGAGGAUACGAAACUGGAGGGCUAUUCAAGCAGCAAAGAAGCCAAAGACAGAGGGCCCAUCAGUGGACAGUGCCUUCCAGGGGACGUCCUUAGACGGCCUUCCUGGUGUCACCAACUCCUUCUUCCCCUCCACCUCCUCAUCAGACUCCUCAGACAUGCCCUCCCUCAACAACAUCGCAGUCCCCUUUGGUUCCUACCAGCCACUGAGCGACCAGUCAAAGUCCUGCGGCUACGAGCAGUUCUCUGAGCCUCACCCAUCAGACUUCACACUGGUGAAACACGAACACAAAGCUGCAGGCGGGUCGAGUAAACAGCAGCCGCUCGCUACAAAUGCCGCCACUUUUUCACGGCCGCAGAAAGUUUUGACUCUGGAGAAGUACAGAGAGAAACAUGCGGCGGAGCUGGCCAUGCAGAACGGUAUAAAGGAUGAGGCGGGCACAGACAUGUACACGCCUCCUCCAGCUCUCUCCUCACACCACCACAAGAAACGCUCUCAGCCACAGCAGGCCGGCCAGUCUGGUGACGGCAGGAGAGAAAAGUCCAGCUCUAAAAAGUCUCGGCAGCCUCCCUCUUUCGAGAACGGCUCCGCUACUAGCGAGGAGCUCAAGAUGAGAAUCAAAGUUUCAUCAGAGCGUCACGGAGGCUCAGAGCAGGGCGGGACUCUGCCUGGAAAGGACAAGCACAAAGAGCACAGUGGCCACCGUCACUCGAAACACGGCCACUCGCACGCUUACUCCCUCAGCGGGAACGGCAGGGGGACAAUAGACAACCAAUCCUUAUCUCUACGAGCCCCCAGCGGCCACGACGUGAGCUCCUCCGGCUCGUCUCGUAAGAGGCCUCACUCUGACGCCGGAAACCACAACCACCACCACUCGUCCAAGAGCCGGAGCUCCAAAGGAAGCCUCGGCUCGUCCCACUACUCGUCAGAGAGCGCCCAGAGGAUGAUGGAGCACCACGGCCACGACGGAACCAACGGCCUGCUGACCUCCAACGGCCAACACACCGACUACAAAGACACUUUUGACAUGCUGGACUCUUUACUAAGUGCCCAAGGAAUGAACUUGUAACCCCCGGAGAGUCCACAGUGUUGUCUAGAAUAAGGUAUUACCAUGUUUAAUAGAAUUUUAAAAAAUGAAUUUAUUUGUCUUAAGUUAUCUGAAUUCUGCAUCGCCCUCAGUCGUGUCUACACACUGAUCAUUGAUGAUUCUCGUUGAGCUGUCAAAUGUAAAAUUAUAUGCAUAGAGCUGUGUACUACUAGCUUGCAACAAAAACAAACCACGAGAAAUUUGAAGAAUGAGGCUGGAAAAAUGGGAUUUUAAACGUUCUUUAACGCGAGCUGACAUGAUUUUAAUGUGCAUGUUUUCAGUCACAAAAGGGAAGACAUAGCUAGUGUUCGCAGCCAUUGUGACAGUUUACAGACAGUUAAUGUUUUUUUUUUUUUUUUUGUAUGUUAAAGACAUUUUGUUCCACUAAAAAUCUCAGGUCUUGAACUUUUUUGAUAUAAGAACGAAUCUUCCUCUGUUUGGGUUUAUUACCUGUAUCUGUGGAGAUGUAUCACCUCGUCCAUUUGUUGACGAAGAGGGCAGAACUUUAGCAUCUGUCUUAGGAAACAUGGUCUGCUUAUAUUUCAAAGAGUGCAUCAAUAGUUCCAAAAAACAAUACAAAUGUGAGGCCGACUCCAUUUGCUGUCUAUUUGCUGUCUAUUGGGAUUUCCAAGGCCGCACCUGAACUUAAUGUGCAGACUCAUUAUAGAGCUACAAAUGAAGUUUACGUUACAUCUGCUGUGAAAGUGCAUUUAAGAUAUAUCGGCUAAAAUUGCAAAAAGGCCUCGUGAUUGUACUUCGUCAAUCGCUAUUCAGUAUGAUAAAUGUUAUUAACUAUCAGAAAAUACAGAUCUCUAAAAUAAGAUUGUGUAUAUAGGACUGUAGUUCAGAUCUAAAUCUGUUGGUUUAUUGCAUCAGUCCAAACCUUUCUCCAUUCAGUGUAUCAUGAGAUCUAAAGCAGACUGUAUUGAUGAACAUAUCCUCGAUUUGUGUAUUGGGAGCCCAAAUAAAGGUGUAAAAGUGA